AUGUUCGGCUCCAAGGUCCUCUCUACCAUUCUCUUGGCUAUCUCCGCCACGCAGGUGUCUGCCGCCGUCGUUAGCGAGAGACAAAGCCAGACCUGCGUCGCCACUUGCGGCUCGACCUGCUACUGGCAGGAGGACAUCGACGCGGCUGUGAAGCAGGGCUACGGUUACUACCAAAAGGGCCAAACCGUAGGAUCGGACGAGUACCCGCAUGUCUAUAAUGACUACGAAGGCUUUGAUUUCCCUGAUUCUGGAACAUAUUACGAGUUCCCUAUCUUAUCAAGCUUCGACGUCUACACUGGCGGAUCGCCUGGCGCUGACCGAGUGGUAUUCCUUGGUAGCAAUGGCAAUUAUGAAGGUUCCAUUACUCAUACCGGGGCUAGCGAGACCAACGGCUUCGUUGAAUGCAAAUCCUAA